AUGUCGUGUCAAUGCGGAAUUAGAAAGAUCGUCGUCAUGUCGGGAAUUUGGGUGAUGGCUCUGUUGAGCUUCAUCGCCGAAGCCCACCCAUACACCGAUGCUGCUGUGCCGUCGACAGUCGCCCGGAUUGCCGCGGCAGUCAUCCCGCCUCUCCCAACGGUGAUGCCCGAGGUCCAAGAACUCCUCCGCCGUCAAGCUGUCACAUCGUCAACGUCAUACGAAGUAUGGGACGCCAAGGGGCCAACUUGUGGAUACCUCUCAGGCACCCCAGGGGCGGCGCUGAGUUGCGGCGGCCUCUCGACGUGCAUGUUCCUUCCUCAUCUCCGGGCACAAUGGUGCUGUGGCCUUACCGACUGCGAGGCGUAUUUGUCCUGCCUGGACGCUGUCAGCGUCGCGGACCCGCAGAUUUGCGACGACGUCUGUCAUCAAGACGAGUUUAUGCUUAAAUGCCAGUCGAAUGCGCCAUUCUGCAAAACGUUGCUGUACCCCUCUGGUAUCAAGGGCAUGACCUGCGUGACGACAAGCGGUGUACGCACCGCUUCAGUAGACUUUACGUAUACCGGAUGGGCUAGGGAACCGCCUCUCGUCACUGCAACGAUGAUAGUGGAACCGACGCGGACGACUUUGAUAUACCCAUCCUCUUCAACCAUUAGGUCGAGCUCUUCAACUUCCAGUUCUGCGGUGUCGAGCCCGGUAACCUCGACUGCGCCGCCGGCACCGGAGCCAGAAAAAUCAAACGAUGUUGGGGCCAUAGUAGGGGGCACCGUCGGCGGCGUGGCAGUUGUGGGCAUCAUCAUCCUGGCAGCGAUAUAUUUCUGGCGUCGAGAGAAGCGGAAUAAGGAGCCCGUAGAGCGCACCUCUAUGGUUUCACCUGGCGGGACUUACCCGCCAUACACUCCGUCUCACCCAGGCUCGGCAUUUCCUCAGAGUCCUUCGUCCCCGGCUGACAGUAGCCAGCGCUGGUCCCAGGCUCAGCCGUUUACAUUCGUCGGGGGUCCAGAGGGGCAGGAUAUGACGCAAGUAAACCAACCGGCUGGUCAGAUGUAUCCUACCAAUCCGUUGCCCGUAUAUCAGACUCAGUUCGCCCAACCUCAGACUACCCCAUCUCCGCCUAUUCAACCGCAGCCUGUUCAACCACAGCCCGUCCAAUCCCACCCUUCUCAGCCUCAACCUGCUCAACAGCCGAUAUAUACUGAACAAAACCAAUCACCUCCCCUCGGCCAUCCCUACGAGGUAAGGCAUUAA